AUGCCUGGCAACGCCAUUUUUGAAGAGAGUGAAUCCGCAGCUCUCGACGUACGAACUCGCGAGUCGGAUGAAGAAGGCGAGGAGGCCCGGGACUCUGGGGCGACUGGCCAUGGCGCCUCCGACGAGCAAGCAGCGUCCGACGCUGGUUCGCACCCCGACCACAGUGACGACGAUCUCGAAGACGGAAUGCUGUUGCGGGACCUUCCAAAGAGAACAACAUUCUACGACCCCGUCGCUGAGCGUCAGAUGAGCCAGACGGACGCGAAGUUCUUUUAUCACCGAAACAAGGCCGAUCUGCGAAGUGGCGGUGGUGCUGGCAGCCAGUCGAUACCUCAGAGUCCCUUUCUGGCCUCCAGCUCUCGCCCUGCGACCGAGUAUGGCGCAGAUUCUAUGGUUCUAGACUCCAAUGGCCGUCGCGUUGAUUCCUUUGCGCCUGGAUUGGAGAUGCCAGGCCCCGCUAUCGACCCUGCAGCGAUCACACAGUCGCCCACAAGGAUUGAGCCUCAUCCUGCGCCUUAUCCUCCUAGCCACCCUUCAGUGCCCCCUACUCGAGCUGGAACUAUCGCGCAGGAACCACGAGUAGGCGACGGCCCUGCUGCUGGGUUGCCUGCUGGAGGUCUCUUCGACACUGAACCCCACAUCACUGCUGAGCUCAGUGCCAUUUCCAAGAACAUCCAAAGGAUUUUGGAUCUUCGACGCAAAUACAUUGCGCUUUCGCUGCAGGGGCCGGAAGACAACCCAAAAGAUGACCCUGAAUGGGACAUUUAUCCUCCCCCACCUGAGCCUGCAUGGCAGCAACGUUCGCACCAUCAAGCUGGUGCUGCAGAGCAUAUUCCUGGUCAAGAGAACGCAGGAUUGAAUGGCAACAAAGAGGCACCCGGUGGUCAAUCACGAUCAGAGACUCGGGAGAGCAAGCGACCAGUGCGAAAGCGGAGGCCAGGCGAAGACAUCGGCGAGGACUUUGAUAUUGCCGAUUUGCUACCCCUUCCCAGCAACGACGGGCGCACAUACAAGCUAGAUGAUAGUGGAGUCUACCAGGUGUUUGAGCGCGAUGCUGAGGAGCCUUCGAUCCGAGUUCCUACAAUCAGGGAGUUCUACAUGGACCUGGACGACAUCUUGGAUGUCUCCUCCGAUGGACCCAGCAAGAGUUUCGCAUUCAGACGUCUCCAGUAUCUUGAAGGCAAGUUCAACCUCUAUGUCCUUCUCAACGAGUAUCAAGAAACGGCGGACAGCAAGAAGGUGCCCCAUCGUGAUUUUUACAAUGUUCGAAAGGUUGAUACUCACGUUCACCACUCGGCAUGCAUGAAUCAGAAGCAUCUGUUGCGCUUCAUCAAGAGUAAGAUGAAGAAGUUCCCCAACGAGGUGGUACUAUUCCGUGACGGAAAGCACCUCACCCUGGCCGAGGUCUUUGCCAGUAUCAACUUGACCGCCUAUGACCUCAGCAUUGACACUCUUGAUAUGCACGCUCAUACCGAUUCGUUCCAUCGAUUUGACAAGUUCAACCUCAAGUAUAACCCGAUCGGCGAGUCUCGUCUCCGUACCAUCUUUCUCAAGACGGACAACUUCAUUCACGGCCGGUACUUGGCCGAGAUCACCAAGGAGGUCAUUUCUGACCUUGAGUCGAGCAAGUACCAGAUGGUUGAGUGGCGAAUCUCAAUCUAUGGCAAGUCCAUUGACGAGUGGGACAAGCUCGCUGCUUGGGUAGUUGACAACAAGCUCUUCUCGCACAACGUUCGCUGGUUGAUCCAGAUCCCCCGUCUCUACGACGUCUACAAAGCUAGUGGCUUGAUGGAGACGUUUGAGCAGGUGGUGAAGAACGUUUUCCAGCCUCUUUUUGAGGUUACCAAGGACCCUUCAAGCCACCCAAAGCUACACAUCUUCCUCCAAAGGGUGAUUGGCUUUGAUAGUGUCGACGAUGAGAGUAAGGUUGAACGACGCCUCUUCAAAAAGUUCCCCGUGCCAAAGGUCUGGGACACUAAGCAGAACCCGCCUUACAGCUAUUGGAUCUACUACCUCUACUCUAACCUGGUAUCUCUGAACUACUGGCGCAAGAAGCGUGGCUUCAAUACUCUUGUCCUACGGCCACACUGUGGAGAGGCUGGCGACAGUGAGCAUCUGGCUGUUGCCGCCCUUUGCUGUCACAGCAUCAGCCACGGAUUGCUCCUUCGUAAGGUGCCUCUUUUACAGUACAUGUUUUAUCUGGAACAGAUUGGCAUCGCCAUGUCGCCGCUCAGUAACAAUGCUUUGUUCUUGGCAUAUGAACGGAACCCUUUCCACCAGUAUUUCAAGCGAGGCUUGAACGUGUCACUUUCUACGGAUGAUCCUUUGCAGUUUGCCUUCACAAAGGAGCCUCUCAUUGAGGAAUAUGCAGUGGCUGCGCAGAUUUACAAGCUUAGUCCCGUCGACAUGUGCGAACUGGCGAAGAACUCGGUUAAGCAGAGUGGCUACGAGUUGUCUGUCAAGGAGCAGUGGCUGGGACCAGGCUGUGACAAGCCGGGCCGAGAAGGAAACACCAUGGUCAAGACAAAUGUUCCUGACCGGCGUGAAGAGUUCCGGCACUUCACACUGAUGCAGGAGAGGGAGGUGCUAGCAAAAUAUGUCCACUACAAUGCUAACAGCGAGUUCUCGGCCCAACCUGGUGGCACUGAUAGUAAGAUGUCAGAGUCAGCAGUGUACAUGGCCGGGCAGUCCACCGGCGCGGGUCUUCCCUCUGGUGAUGAGCCCUCGAAUGUGGAAGCGUCCCCGUCGGCUAGCUAUCAUGCCGCAACCGUAGGAUCACCUACUGGAUUAUCGACUGGCCGAGACCAGACCUGGACUAGCGAUGCCAUGGCAGAUCUUCACCUGUCGGGAAGCGAUCCGAGGAUGUUCCCAGGAAUCUUCACACGAGGACAUCGCACUGGUAGCCUCCGCAACUUGGGCCAGGCUGCUGAAGGCCGGACGACAUCUGACGAUGUUUUUGGGCCCGAUACAUCCUGA